GCUAAAAUGAAAAAAGCAAAAAACUUCAUUUAUUUUUUGUUUUCCUUGUUGCUGUUUUUGUAUAAAGACACCAUAAUCCAAAUUUCAGAAUGAGUACGGAAACAUUUACAAGAAAGCCAUCCAGUUUAACGAGUUCUAUAUACCCAAAACAUAUUCCAAAGUUAAGGGUUGGUGCUAUUAAGGACGACUUAGGAUUCACGCUAAGCGAAAGAUUGGCUCUCAGACAAGCUUGGAACUUGAUCAGACCCUUUGAGCGCCGCUACGGACAAGAUAUUUUCUAUAGCUUCUUGAACGAUACGUAUUGGGGUAUUAACAAGUUCAGAAACGCCGGUGAACUUAACCUGAAGGCUCUGCACUUGCAUGCGUUGCAAUUUAUACACUUUUUUGGUGUUCUGAUAGAAGAAUCGGAUCCUGUCAUGUUCCAGCUGAUGAUAAAUGACAACAACCUUACCCACAGUCAAUGCAAAGUGGGAUCCGCUUAUAUAGGGAACCUGGCCCAGGCCCUGGUGGACUACGUCCUGAAGGUGUUCCAAAAGGUCAGCUCCCUGUCUCUGGAGCAGGGCUUCAGGAAAAUCGUCGAGAAGUUCCAGAGCUACCAUGACCAACUGCCAGCUAAGACCGCCUACCAUCGCGUGAGCAAGUUGGACGUCCACUAGGCGCGUUAUUCAUGGGUCAAUGAUGAGCGUCACCCAGCUCCCAGUGGAAGCCCAGGGCAUAAAUCGGAAUUAUAACGGCCCGCUGCCGGGUCGCUGCUGCGGCCGCUGCCUCUGCCACCGCGGUAUCAGGCUUUCAGUAUCAGCCUCUGUCGCGGUCGCCGUCGCAGUCGCCGCUUAUUUCGCUUAGCUGCUAAGCGAUUUCCUUGGAGAAAUUCAGUUCAGCUCGGACGCUCAUCGCGCCCAUCCACACGUUUAGAUAGUUAAGCUUCCAGAGAACUGAAAGUGAUCACUAAAGUGCCACCCACGAAAUAAAUAAAACUAAGCCGAACCCCUAACCUCGCAGAAGGGGAAAUAUUUAAAA